UAUAACCUUAAAAUUUUAUCCUUACACUAUGAGCCAAAAUAAAGAUAAGUUAGUUACGGUUGAGGAUGAAGCAUCGUCUUCGAAUAGUAGUGAUGUUGAACCAUCUCACAAGUGUGGCCAGACUAAUUUUGAAACCAAUUUUGGCCGUUUAUCUAUGGAUCUGUUGAGGUUUCUGUGUCACGAACUGGAUAUUUCGGAGGCGGGUGUUAAGCAGGAUUUGGUUAAUCGUUUAGCUAGUGAGGCUAAAAAGAGGUGUGAAUUAAGUGGUUUAGAUAACUCAGGAAAAGGGAAAAGAGUUGAGUCGGACAAGUGUUUAAAACCGUCUUUGGAUGAUUGUAACAAGUCUAAUGUUGAGGCUUUUUCUGACGGGUUUGGUAAUGUUCCAUCGGUUGAUGUGGGUUCGAGAUCCAAGUCUUCUAGUGAUUUUGUGCCUCCGCGGUUGCCUUCUGCUGCAAAUGAAAUGUCUUCUGCUGGGGCAUUAUUGGACAAGGCUUUAUUUUCUGGUGAGGUUGAAUACGUGUAUUUGGCAAGUCAGGUGGCACUGGAGAGGGCUUAUGUGGUUAGAGUGGCGGAUGAAGAUGGAUGGAGUGUGGCUGCAAAAAUGGCAGCGAGUGAAAUAUUGGAUCCAAUGUCGGAGUUGUUUGGAGAAAAGC